UGGCCGCGGCCUCUCUGCGUCCCCUCUCGGGGCGGUGCCGAGGGCGGUCGCUGUCCCGGUCCGCUCCGUUCCCUCGGGUCCGCCCUAGGCUUGUGCCUCCGGCGGCGGCGAAUCUGCCGGGCCGGUCCCGCCGCUAGCGCGGUUUGGGCGGUUGUCAGGGAGAAGCAAGAUGGCGGCCGCGGCGACGGAGGAGGACACGGAGCUGCGGGACCUGCUGGUGCAGACGCUGGAGAGCAGCGGGGUGCUAAAUAAGAUUAAGGCAGAGUUACGAGCAGCUGUGUUUUUGGCUUUAGAAGAACAAGAGAAAGUAGAGAACAAAGCACCUCUGGUAAAUGAAAGCUUGAAAAGUUUUUUAGGUACAAAGGAUGGUCGCUUGGUAGCAGGUCUUGUUGCAGAAUUUCUACGUUUUUUCAAUCUUGAUUUUACUUUAGCUGUUUUUCAGCCUGAAUCAAGCACGCUAAAUGGCCUUGAUGGUCGAGAAAACUUAGCUCGAGAUUUGGGAAUUAUGGAAGCAGAAGGUACUGUGGGUGGCCCCCUGUUGUUGGAGGUUGUUAGGAAGUGUCAGCAGAAGAAGACUUCAGGUGGUGGAGAAGUGGCACCAGUUCUAAGUGACAGCCAGUGCCCCACAUCAAAAUCAUCUGAUGGACAGUCAAGUGCACACUCUAUACCAAAUAAGACUGCUGAAAACACUCAGAGUGAUACAAGUAUCUCAUCAGGGGAAGCAAGCAAAAAAAGUAUUCAUUUUUUGCCUAAUGAAACAAAACUAGAUCCUCAACUAGAAAACAAAGACUUGAAUACCAAAGAAAAAAGUGAUCCAAUUGUGGAUGAAGAUGAUGUAGAGGGAGAUUCUUUCUUUGAUGACCCUGUACCCAAACCAGAAAAAACUUUCAGCUGGAAAACUGAGGCUAAAGCAGGAGGUCUAGCAUCCCUUUCUGAUGCACCAGCUCUAAAAAGUGGCUUAAGCUCCCUGACUGGUGCACCUUUGCUAAAGGAUUCUGAUAAUUUGGAUAGAAACUCUGUUUUAAAAGACCUGCGGUUGGUAAACGCAAAGCUGGGAUCGCUAGAAUUAGGAAAUGGAGAUGAUGAUGAAUAUGCUGAUGAUUUCAACAGUACAAGUCAUCGCUCGGAAAAAAGUGACAUCAGUAUUGGUGAAGAAAUAGAUGAACUUUCUGUGGGAACAGAAGAGUCAAAUGCCAGUGAUAAACUCGAAAGCAUCACACAAGACCUUACCAUUUCUCAGUUAAGCGACGUUGCAGAUUAUCUAGAAGACGUGGCAUAGAAUUGGACAGCAAAAACCUUUCAUUGUGCUGGACUAGAAGACUGCUGUGGACUAUUAAUUUCAGACAAUCACCUUUUGCUGGAAUGUCCACUCCCUAUUUGUGCCUUGUGUUUCAGAAAUACUGUAGGUGAAGAAGGUUUUUAAAUAUUCUGAACAAGAACUACAUGAAAUAAUGUGUUCCCAUUUGAGUUUGAUAUCAGAAUUACUUUCUUCAUUUGAUUCAGCCAAACCUUUCACAGAAGGAGGUGGAUUUUCCAAGCGGAAUGUCCAUUGCUGGCAGUGGACAUAAUAAAAAUCAGCUGGUAAGAGAACAUCAAGAAAGAGGCAUGUGGCUUUAUAGUGAACUUGCACUGUUUUUUUAACAGUCAGAUUUUUUUUUUUUAAAGAUAACCAAAGCAAGAACCUUCAAAGGUAGUGGUUCAACUCACACUUCUUUUAACACAACCUUGUCAAGUCAGCAUGUAGUCCGUAUUUAUGGUAACUCUAGCCACAAUACCUGAUUACUCAAGACUUACUUGAAACUGUUCUUUUACAGACUUCUCUGAAAGUUGGACUUCACCUUUUUUAAAGGCAUAUUAAGUUGAGAGUAUCUAAACUCUUUAACCUAAAUUUAGCUGUAUUUAGGAGCUAAAUUUAGCACUAGUCUUAACCCAGAAUAUUCUUGUUUAAAUAUGUUUGUCAGACCAUUGAUGUUAAGACCUAAGCUGUUUUUAUAUAUGAUGAUUUCAUCAAUGUUAUUUGUUGUUAAAUCACGAAAAGUAAUUUUGUAAGGAUUCACAAAUCAGUAACUAAAUCUUAUGGGGUAAGUUUUUAACAGUGUGUAAUACUUAGUGGAGCUUUUAUUUUUGAGGGUUCUUCAUGUGCUGUAAGAUCAUUUUCAUUCUUGAAAAAUAUUUUAAGUAAAAAUGAGCGCCAAAAAGAGAAACUACUAAACUUCUGGUUUUCAGAUUCUGACUGCUGUACAAAGUUCAAUGCAAAUAUUUAAAAAUACCAUACUGAAGACAUCAUGGACACUAAGUUCAAGCUAAGAGCAAAUUCUGGUAUUUUCAUGAUGCUCUUGCCGAACAGGGUCGGUCCUGGCAAGGUUGACAGUUCUUCAAUGAUACUGUUG